GAUAAGACAGAAAGCGAAGUCCCAUCUGUGUACAGAGUUAUGUGUCUAUGCUGGAGCACAGUUUAACUAACAGGAAAAUUUAGACGUUACAAUAUGAAGGGUCUCUACCUCGUGGAGCCUGCUGUUGGGCUUUACUCCUUCUCUUGUUUCCUCAUCUUCCCUUUGAUGCAACAGUUUGUGUAUCGCCGGCUCUGGGAGGAUAUAACCAACACCACUUACCCUGAGUCUGACAAUGUAACUAGAUGUAUGAAGAACUCCAGCAGCAAUGAGACAAGCCAUCACGAGGAGGUUCAAAAGCAUGCAUCUCUUUUGUCCCUUUACUCCGACUUAUUCUCUGCCAUCCCCUCCUUUGUUGUCACCAUCCUACUUGUGGCUUACAGUGACAGAGGAGGACGCAAGAUUGCCAUUAUAAUGCCUGUGAUUGGAACUCUGCUGUACAUAAGCGGCCUGCUAGCAAUUUCUUUCUUUAAACUAAACAUUUAUUUGAUCAUUGGCUGCUCAAUUGUAAGCUCAUUGUUUGGUGGUUUUGGAACAUUUCUAGGUGGUUGCUUUGCCUAUGUCGCUGAUAUAAGCAAAAAUGAGCACCAGAAGACAUUACGUUUGGCUGGUGUUGAUAUGAUUCUCGGUGUUCUGGCUGGGGUGGCAUCUUUGUCGACUGGUUACUUCCUCAAAGCAGCAGGAUUCAAUUGGCCAUUUAUAACAUCUCUUAUUGGGCUACUUUUAUUGUUGUUGUAUGCUAUUUUUGUACUUGAAGAGACAGUAGAGAAGGUCCCCCCUGACAGCUCUAGCUUGGAUACACCUCCACAAGACUCACCUAUCAAACAAAUGUUUUAUGGCAUUUAUCAUGUAUUUGCUAGAAGGGAUUGUAGGUCCAAAACUAUACUGAUCAUGCUUUUAGUUGCUUUCACAUUUUUUGCCUUUGCUGAUAUUGGAGGAGUCUCCCUUAUUACACUGUAUGAGCUAAAUGAACCACUUUGUUGGACUGGCAUUAUGAUUGGAUACGGCUCUGCGCUCGGCACAAUGGUGUUUCUGACCAGUUUCUUCGGAGUCAUGGCCUUUUCUUACUGCAAGGUGCCUCAGACCAUCAUCGCCUUAAUGGGCAUUUCCUCAUUCACCAUAGGCAUGAUCAUAGUGUCCUUCUCUAAGACAACUGAAAUGAUAUUUUUAGCAAGAAUACCUAUGUUCCUGGCUGCUAUGCCUUUUCCCAUCUUGCGCUCCAUGAUGUCAAAGAUUGUCUCAAGGGCUGAGCAGGGAGCUCUGUUUGCCUGUAUAUCAUGCUCGGAGAGUAUCACUAACACUGUGUCAAUAGCAGCUUUUAAUGGUAUUUAUGCUGCCACAGUGGCUUGGUAUUCUGGGUUUAUCUUUUUGCUGUCUGCAGGACUCUGCAUCAUCCCUUCUAUAUUGAUUGGAAUUUUGAUUGUGAUGAGAGUGGACUUCAGCUCAAAGGACAUACAUGUUCCCAUAGAUGAGCAGGGUCUUUUCCAGGAUCAGACUGACAACAGAGAGGUCAUAAACUAAGUAUAGGUCCUUUUUCUUUUCGCUCGUGCACUGUUCUUUGGUCAAGGAGA